AUGAAUGACAACUCACACGCACACCAGAACAACGAGCCAGCAGAGGCAACUCCCCUACUGGUGUCGACUGCUCCAUAUUCUGUAUUCUCCAAAACCCAGAAGCGACUCAUCAUCUUGACCGCAGCUCUCACAUCUUCGCUCUCUCCACUGUCAGCAAAUGUAUACUACCCGGCUCUCAAUUCUAUCGCCAAAGACCUGCAAGUGAGCCCGUCGCAAAUCAGCCUAACCAUUACCCCGUACAUGGCAUGCCAAGCCAUUGCACCCACGUUCAUAGGUAGUCGCGCCGAUCAAUCUGGACGUCGAUCAGCGUACAUCUGUUGUUUUGUAAUCUACAUCGCCGGGAACAUGGCCCUUGCGAUCCAACAUUCUUUUCCAGCCUUGCUGAUUCUUCGUGCAGUCCAAAGUUGUGGCAGUAGUGGCACUGUUGCAUUGGCAUCCGCUGUCGUAGCUGAUGUCAUCACCUCUGCCGAGCGAGGCGCAUACAUGGAAAUGGCCUCACUGCUAUUGAGCCCGCACUGGGGCCGGCGGUCUAUAUUCUGGUUCCUGGCUCUGCUGGCGAGUGCAGUGUUUAUUCCGCUGCUGCUUUUCUUUCCCGAAACUUGCCGCGCUAUUGUGGGCAACGGGUCAAUUCAACCUCGAGGGUGGAAUCCCUCACUUCGCAGCUGCUUUCAAAAGCCGAAGCAGGGUUCCGAGACAGAUCCUGAGGUUUCUUUGAUUCAUGUUCCGGCACAACCUCCCAGAAUGCUAAACGGGCCGGUAUCGCUGAGCCUCUUGUUUCAGCGACCCAUUGGCUUGAUUAUCUUAGCCAACGGCAUAGCUUUUGGUAGCUACUACGCAGUCACUGCAGGAAUUUCUGCACAAUUUGAAACCCUCUAUGGCCUUAGUGACCAGGGAAUUGGACUCUGUUUCUUACCAGCAGGACUGGGCUCAUUUCUCAGCGCAACCGCCAAUGGAAUUCUGAAGAACUCGCUUACAAGCAAAUCAAUCGCUAGAUUAGACUCGGAAAUAGGACGUGCUCACGUUUCCAAUCGAGAGAGCAAGACUUCAGGUCGGGCUGCCCAUGUGCUCGCAGCCAUUUCUAUUGCACUUUAUGGAUUCCUAGUGGCCCAUAAAGCGCCACUUUGGGCAGCCCUUCUGAUGAUUUUUGUGAUAUGCUGCUGUAUUACCGCCGCGUACAGUGUCAUGAACGUGUUGAUCGUAGGCUUGUACUACACCACCCCGGCCACAGCCAUGGCCGCCAAUAAACUUGUACGCUGCUCCCAUGGAACAGGUGCAGCAGCGGCGAUCAAUUCUUUAAUUAAAAUUAUCGGGGUGAGAGGGACAUAUUAUGCCGUGUCUGGUCUUCUGUUGACCACUUGUCCUUUGCUAUUGCUUGUGUAUCUCAAGGGCUGGGAUUGGCGUCGAGCGCAAGCUGGGAUACCGUUAUCAUCGUAG